AUCGAUCGACGCGCUUAAAUACACCCCUGCGAAAUAUUGGAGUCAGCCUGCGCGAAUGUUAGAUUUCGGAUUUCAUUAGAGACAACACUGCCAGAAACACGUGUAGUUAGCAGAAGAAAGGAUUUAACAAAACUGUGGUAGAAAACAAACACAGAACAGAAUGGAGCAAGAAGAUAAUUUAUUUGAGAAGCAACAACAAGAUCUUUUAGUUGAAAAGCAACAUGACGAGAAACACGAGGGGUCAGUUCCUAGUGACGAGAGUUCAUCUUUAGAUGACCAGUCCGACUACGUUGACAGGGAGCAAUGGGGUUCCCAGUUCGAGUUUAUUCUGGCCAUCGUCGGCUACGCUGUAGCGUUUGGUAACUUGAUGAGGUUUCCCUACCUCUGCAUGCGGAACGGCGGAGGUGCCUUCCUUAUUCCAUUUUUCAUAUUCAUGGUAAUGGUUGCGUUCCCUCUCUAUUACCUGGAAGUUUGUCUGGGUCAGUUUUCCGGAAGUAGCCCAUUGUUCGUCUGGAGACUAGCACCACUUUUAAGAGGUCUUGGCUGGUUAAUGAUAAUCAUAUCUGGAAUCGUAUCGUGGUACUACAACACAAUUAUCGCGUGGGUUCUCUAUUACCUCGUGAACUCCUUCAAUCCCACACUGCCGUGGUCCACCUGUGACAACGACUGGAACACGGUCAACUGCCGACCCUCUGACCCGGAAGCGCUUAAAAAGAUGCAAGACGAACGUUUGGCUGUUAACAAUACAGGAGAAGAUGUAUAUAACAAUUUAAGCAUAAGAAAUGUCAGCUCGGCGAAAGAAUUCUGGCAAUACAAUGUUUUGGAGAUGUCAUCCGGCAUUGAUGAGAUGGGUACGGUUAAAUGGCAUUUAGUCCUGGCGUUGAUGGGGGCGUGGCUUUUAGUAUUCUUAUGUCUCAUCAAGGGCGUAAAAUCUGUAGGAAAGGUCGUGUACGUGACGGCACUGUUACCAUAUGUUUUACUGGUCGUGUUUCUGAUUCGUGGAUUGACCCUUCCUGGUGCUAUGGCUGGAAUUAGGUACUACCUUUCACCAAACUUUCACAGACUACGUGACACCCAGGUGUGGCUGGAGGCCGCCGUGCAAGUAUUUUAUUCCCUGGGACCAACAUGGGGAGGCGUCGUGACCAUGGCAAGCUACAACAAGUUUAGGAACAAUUGCUUGAGGGAUACCAUUAUCGCAUGCCUUGCCGACUGCCUGACGAGCUUCUUCGCGGGAUUUGUUGUGUUCGCGGUGGUUGGAUAUAUGGCAGUGGAAUUGAAACAGCCCAUUGAAGAAGUUGCCACAGCUGGACCAGGAUUGAUGUUCAUAGCAUACCCAGAGGCAAUAUCUAAGAUGCCAGUACCACAACUGUGGGCGGUGCUCUUUUUCAUUAUGAUGAUUACAGUUGGACUUGAUACACAAUUUGGAAUGUUCGAGACGUUGUCUAGUGGCAUUGUUGAUGCAUUUCCACAUAAACUUGCUAAGCGGAAAACUCUAGUCACGGCCGCCAUUGCUUGUGGCAUGUUUAUACUAGGACUUGUGUUUACAACUAGCGCGGGUAUUUAUAUAUACAACUUGAUAGAUUGGUAUGCUAGUGCAUAUUGUAUGUGUUUGGGAGGUGGUCUUGAGUUUAUCGCAGUAGGAUGGUACUAUGGAGCGGAAAGGUUUAGCAAUGACAUGAAGCUGAUGUUGGGCUAUAGGGCACCGGUUCUUCUUCGGAUUUGUUGGUGCUUUAUAUCACCGGCCGCUGUGUUCGUGGUCUUUAUACUUCUGCUGUCAAGGUACGAGCCGGCAACUUACGAAGGACACCCUUACCCGGAUUAUGCAAUCAAUUUAGGAUUUGUUCUUGCAUUAAUACCGGUGCUGCCAAUACCAAUUUGCUUUGUCUAUGGUCUUCUGACAAAAAGUGGAACUUUAUCUGAGCGCGUUGUCAAGUUAAGGGAACCAGAAAACUGGAGACCAAGUGACCGGAAGUUAUGGGAUUUGUAUGACGCAAUGCAGAAACCAAGAGCUAAUGGAUUUAUGGACUAUGUCAAGAUGACCGUAUUCGGUCGACCUAAUUCACCUAGAUUAGAUUCCGUAGUCAUGCAAUAACAGAGACAGACUCAUGCGCAUGCGCACUGCAUAUACAUAGAAAGAAACAUAUCUGAUACGCAUGCAUACUUCUAAAAUAAAGAUGAAAUAAUCAAAAGAUAUAUCAAUUGACACAGCAACGUGAACAAUGCGUUUUCAUAAACUUCAUGUCAUUUGUUUUGUAAAGUGUCUUAGUUAUAUUUCAUAGAAAGUUCAUGGAUUCCUCACCGGAACGCCAUAUCAUAAACAUGAGACUUUCAUAAACGUUUGAAUAUCGUGUCUUUUAAAAAUCAAUACGCAAAAAUCUAUUUUUUAAGAAGUUUUAUGUUUAAUUCAUAGGAACUACGUCAUAUGUGUGCUACUCAUUUUCUCUUCUCUCGGCGAAAUACUUGUAAUAGAUGCCAUUAGUAGAAAGUUCUUGAUUUUCACAAUAUUUAGCUCCCUUGACGAAAAAGGCAGCCGUUUUGUCCAUAAAAUUGAUAAAAUAAGAAAAUAAUCCAUGAAAGUAACUAUAUAAUAAGAUGAAUUACUUAGUACUUUCACAUAUGUGAAGAAAACUGUUACUGUAGCAACAGUAUCUCAGGAGUUUGUAUCAGCAAGAAAAUGCUAGAAUUAUCAAAUUUGACUCUUUAUGUAUUAAGAUGGCGACCAAGGGAGGUAAUGCAUGUGUGAAAGACAUAGUUUUCUGUAUUUUUUAUCAUUUUGAGUCGCCCUUACCAAUAAUUAUCUUUUUCCUUAUUUAGAACAUAUUGAAGGUCAUCCAAGUUUUAUUUCAUCAUGUUUAAAUCAAUUGUUACCACCAUAGACAUGUUUAAAAUCAACUGUCAACAUCGACCCUCUUAAGUUUAUUUUAUAUAAAAACAAGUCCUUUAUUUGAAGGUGCCCGUAUUAUAUGGAGGACAUACGGUCUCAUUUUUCAAUCAUCAGGGUCGUUCAAUAUGUUGAGAUUUAUUAUGUUAAGUAUAAAGUAUAUGUUUUCAUCUAAUUUUCUUUCAUUUACAAUCAUUUGUAUUAUUUCAUAAAUAAUGUUCACUACAUGUUUAAAACUUUUUGAUGCGAAAGGUUUUCUAUAUAAAUAGAAAAUCAUUGAUAUUAAAGUUUUGUCAUCAUCUCAUAAUGGUGAUAUUUUUUUUAAAAUACAAUUUUAUUUGUCAUUAACUAAAUAAUGUUCUCGAGAUGUCAUGUACUAUCAGCCCAGCAUUUCGAAUGGGUAAAUUGCCCAUUCGAAGCCUCCGGAAAGACAUUUGUGUAAAUUUAGCCACAGGGUUCGUCUUAUUAAUGCCGGUGACUACUUUUUUUUAUCAUUUUUAUUUUAAGAUAAAUGUUAGUUAGUGUUUUAUUUAUUCUACAUUUCCAAAUCAACAGUAUUAGAAAUUUUCACUUAUUUUGUUUAAGUUAAAAAACUCGUUAUCAAAUUUUGCUUUCUUGAACAUAACGUCUGGAUUGCUAUACCGUUAAGCAAAUGAGAUAAAUGAGCCGCGUCACGACAAAACCAACAUAAUGGUUUUGCGACCAGCAUGGAUCCAGACCAGCCUGCGCAUCCGCGCAGUCUGAUCAGGAUCCAUGCUGUUCGCUUACAGACCAUAUAACAAAUAGAGAAACUGAUAGCGAACAGCAUGGAUCCUGAUCAGACUGCGCGGAUGCGCAGGCUGGUCUGGAUCCAUGCUGGUCGCAAACCCAUUAUGUUGGUUUUGUCAUGACACGGCUCAAAUAUGUUUAAUAUUUCUUAAAAUAUGCUGUGACAAUACCGUCCAUGAUCAGGAUUAGUCAAACAAAGCCUUCAACAUUUUCAGUUUUGCCGUUUUUGGACUUACUUUAGGGAUUCAUAUUUUCUUUUUUGUAAGGUCCAAGAUGUAAGAAAAAUUGAAAUUAUGGGCCUUUAAAGUAAAUAUUAUCACUGAAUUUGAUGACGUGUUUUCUAUCUUAUACUUGUGUUUGAUUUAUUGUACCAGUUGUUUUAGAUUGGUGGUAUUUUAAUGAUAAGUGUUACACAAUUCACUAUCAUACAUUUUCAUAACUUAAUUUUCAGUUGUUAUAAACUGAAGUGUGCUUAUAGAUCUAUCUAUGAUCACGUGACUAGGAUCGAAAUGUACUGUGCGUAUUGAUAUGAAUAUAUUUAUGCAGGCAGUUUUGACCAAUUCGGAUAGGAUCUCAUUUUUUGAUUUUAAUAAGUAGUUAUAUGAUUACUUUGCAAGAAGCUGAUUUAAUUGAGUGAAGAAUUACUAAAUUAUUUAUGCGACUAAAUAAUUGUUAGUUUAAGUGAAUAAAAUGCUAGUUUAUUUAGAUUAUGACAUGUUAUUUUUUGAUAUAGAAAUGCUAGUUUGAAUUGAUAAGACUACUUUCUGUAAGACUGCUUGUUUUAGGAAGUUUUCAAAUUCUUUAACCCUUACCACGUUUAGUAUAUAAAAUGGACUUGUCCAUCUUUUAGUCUGGGCGAAAUCAUUCAUUUAACUGUCAAGGAUAAUUAUAAGAUAAGUAUUGAAAGUGUUGCGUUCAGUGCAGAGUUUAACGGACGACACGGGCGCACCGGCUGGUUAUGGGCUGUACUGGUAGCAUUGCCGCCAGCAGGAUAAGGGACAAAAAUCUAACAAUGCCACACUCAUUGUAAAAGACCACGUCAGAUUCCUAUAUUUAAAAAGUUAAUGUUUAAACAGAAAAUAUUGCAGCAGCAGAAUGAAAAUAGAAAGUUGAAACUAGUAACUUUUGGGGAUUUUUUUCAGUAAAAGUGCUUGCUGGUUACACAUUUGUAUAGAAAUCAUGCACAGAUCAUUAUCCACAAAGUCAAAACAGUUUUUAUUUUUGUUUGAAGUACCGAAGUGUUCCAAUCAAUAUACAUGUACAUGAUAAAUCGUUACCCUGCAGGAAACCAAAAGUCCUCAUUCUUUUCCAUUGUUAAACAUAUGCCCUGAUAGCGCCAAACAUUAUUAUUCUUUGCCUCCAUUAUAGAGCCAUGUCAGUCCUGCACAACUAGGCUCUACACUGUUACUUUACUGUUAUUUACAUUACAUGUUCAUCAUUAUAUCCCUUAUUUUGAUAAUGGACAGUUCUGAAAAAUGAAAGUUGGACAAGUCUAUUAUACAUUUUUAAGCAAGUCAAGGGUUACAGAUGAGAUUCUGUGAAACACAUGCCAGUGUACAUAUAGGUUGAUUUUUAAUUCUCUUAAGUAUCAAAAUUUUUGUAUUAAUCGAAUGUCAUUAUUUCACAAUCAUUGUAGAUUUACAACGAAGUUAAACCUCAUUUAUAAAUAGCAGUUAUAUCUUUAACGCACUGCUUCUAUGUAAAGAGUUGAAUUUCCAUGCAGCAUGAAUCGCAUGGUUCUCAGUUUCGAUAAAAUGAAUUUUUAAGCAUAUCUCGUAACAUCAAAAGCCUGCAAGCUUAACAUAAUUCUAUUUCUAUAGGGAUUCAAUCUUAUAAAGACAUUAUUAAAACUCAACCUUAUAGAAGAAAAGAAAAGAAAAAUAUUUGUUUUGUGGCGAUUUUAGAUUGUAUUUUUAUUACAAUGCAUUAUCUAUUCUUGCCAAAUUGUCUGACCGACCGUCUGUGUUUUACAUAUGUUCCCCGCUUUAUCCUGCUUUUAUUCCAUGAUUGAUAAUUUGACAAAAUUUUGCAGACAUCUGUAGUGUUUAUAUGUUGUUGCAAUACAAUGUGGAUAAAUAAAUGUAAAAAGCUCAAAGUAAAUUUAGAUAUAGUAAACA